GUCAGGUGGGGGGUGAUGGUGUGGUGUGACGUCAGCUGGGUCACAACAAGUGUCUCUGUCGGGUGGUGUGACGUCAGCUGGGUCACAACAAGUGUCUCUGUCGGGUGGUGUGACGUCAGCUGGGUCACAACAAGUGUCUCUGUCACGUGGUGUGACGUCAGCUGGGUCACAACAAGUGUCUCUGUCGGGUGGUGUGACGUCAGCUGGGUCACAACAAGUGUCUCUGUCGGGUGGUGUGACGUCAGCUGGGUCACAACAAGUGUCUCUGUCGGGUGGUGUGACGUCAGCUGGGUCACAACAAGUGUCUCUGUCACGUGGUGUGACGUCAGCUGGGUCACAACAAGUGUCUCUGUCGGGUGGUGUGACGUCAGCUGGGUCACAACAAGUGUCUCUGUCGGGUGGUGUGACGUCAGCUGGGUCACAACAAGUGUCUCUGUCGGGUGGUGUGACGUCAGCUGGGUCACAACAAGUGUCUCUGUCAGGUGGUGUGACGUCAGCUGGGUCACAACAAGUGUCUCUGUCAGGUGGUGUGACGUCAGCUGGGUCACAACAAGUGUCUCUGUCGGGUGGUGUGACGUCAGCUGGGUCACAACAAGUGUCUCUGUCGGAUGGUGUGACGUCAGCUGGGUCACAACAAGUGUCUCUGUCAGGUGGUGUGACGUCAGCUGGGUCACAACAAGUGUCUCUGUUGGGUGGUGUGACGUCAGCUGGGUCACAACAAGUGUCUCUGUCAGGUGGUGUGACGUCAGCUGGGUCACAACAAGUGUCUCUGUCGGGUGGUGUGACGUCAGCUGGGUCACAACAAGUGUCUCUGUCGGGUGGUGUGACGUCAGCUGGGUCACAACAAGUGUCUCUGUCAGGUGGUGUGACGUCAGCUGGGUCACAACAAGUGUCUCUGUCACAUGGUGUGAUGUCAGCUGGGUCACAACGUGUGUCUCUGUCACGUGGUGUGACGUCAGCUGGGUCACAACAAGUGUCUCUGUCAGGUGGUGUGACGUCAGCUGGGUCACAACAAGUGUCUCUGUCAGGUGGUGUGACGUCAGCUGGGUCACAACAAGUGUCUCUGUCACGUGGUGUGACGUCAGCUGGGUCACAACGUGUGUCUCUGUCACGUGGUGUGACGUCAGCUGGGUCACAACAAGUGUCUCUGUCAGGUGGUGUGACGUCAGUUGGGUCACAACAAGUGUCUCUGUCAGGUGGUGUGACGUCAGCUGGGUCACAACAAGUGUCUCUGUCACGUGGUGUGACGUCAGCUGGGUCACAACAAGUGUCUCUGUCAGGUGGUGUGACGUCAGCUGGGUCACAACAAGUGUCUCUGUCACGUGGUGUGACGUCAGCUGGGUCACAACGUGUGUCUCUGUCGGGUGGUGUGACGUCAGCUGGGUCACAACAAGUGUCUCUGUCGGGUGGUGUGACGUCAGCUGGGUCACAACAAGUGUCUCUGUCAGGUGGUGUGACGUCAGCUGUGUCACAACAAGUGUCUCUGUCGGGUGGUGUGACGUCAGCUGGGUCACAACAAGUGUCUCUGUCGGGUGGUGUGACGUCAGCUGGGUCACAACAAGUGUCUCUGUCAGGUGGUGUGACGUCAGCUGGGUCACAACAAGUGUCUCUGUCAGGUGGUGUGACGUCAGCUGUGUCACAACAAGUGUCUCUGUCGGGUGGUGUGACGUCAGCUGGGUCACAACAAGUGUCUCUGUCAGGUGGUGUGACGUCAGCUGGGUCACAACAAGUGUCUCUGUCAGGUGGUGUGACGUCAGCUGGGUCACAACAAGUGUCUCUGUCAGGUGGUGUGACGUCAGCUGGGUCACAGCAAGUGUCUCUGUCGGGUGGUGUGACGUCAGCUGGGUCACAACAAGUGUCUCUUUUGGGUGGUGUGACGUCAGCUGGGUCACAACAAGUGUCUCUGUUGGGUGGGGGGUGGUGGUGUGAUGUCAGCUGGGUCACAACAACUGGAUUCUAAGCUGACCUCCCUUCAUCUCCACCACCACCUCAUCUCCCUCCACCUCCACCACCUCCUCAUCUCCCUC